UCAUCAAUGAAAAAUGGUCAUCAAACUACUACUACUACUACUACGGCUGCUUCUACAACAACAACAACAACGAAUCAUCAACCAAAUGGUGAUUUUCGUAUGUUACCAAUUAUUGAACAAUCAUCACAGAUUAGUAAUGGUAAUGGUAAUGGUAAUGGUAAACAACCACGAAAUUCAAUACAUUCAAUGACAAAUAGUCAAAAAAGUAAUCUUUUAAAUCGUACAAAAAAAUUCUUAAAAGGAAUUUGUUUGACAAUUCUUUCGGGAUUAUUUUUUUCAAUCACAACAUUGGUUGUAAAAUAUGUUAAAGAUGUUUCACCUGGUACAACGGCUGGUUUCCGUUAUUUUGGAAUCAUUAUACUAUCAUUUCCAUUGGCAUUGGAAUCACCGCAACCAUUAUUCGGUAUGUCUGGUACAUAUCUAUGGAUUGCAUUACGUGGCCUGGCUGGUGGUACCAGUGUUUUUUGCCGUUAUUCAGCAUUACAUUAUAUGUCGAUGGCUGAUUCUACAAUCAUCAUUUUAUCGAUGCCUGUUUUUGUAUUUGUUUUUGCCAGAAUUUUUCUUAAAGAACAUUUUGGUCCAUAUCAUGUACUAGCAUUAGUCAUGUCUAUUGUUGGUAUAAUUUUUGCAUCAAAAUUAGAAAUUAUAUUUGGCAAACCAAUGGGUGAAGAAAAUGAUUUUGUGAUCAAUAAUAAUACAAUGAUAAUGACAACAACAACAACGACGACAACGACAAUGGCCACAACAGAAUUUUUCAAUGAUAAUGGUAAUCAAACAAUGAAUGAAACCAAUUAUUAUAUUGAUGAUAACCCAAUAACAAAAUCAAUGGAUUUAAGUGAUCAAUUAAUUGGUACAUUAUAUAGUCUUGGUGCAACAUUUGUCGGUUGUUUUGUCUAUGUGAUUAUUCGUAAGCUCAAACAUGUUGAUAAAUAUGUGAUUUUAUUCAAUUUUUCCAUCAUAUCAAUGAUUGAAAUGGUCAUGAUUGAUUAUUUUUUCUAUGAUAUUCAAUUACCAACAACUGGUUAUACACCAUAUCUAAUAUUUCUGAUUGGUAUAUUAUCAUUUUAUGCACAAUUAUUAUUAACACGUGCCAUACAGAUUGAAGAAGCUGGCGUUGUUUCCGUCGUACGUACAAGUAGCGAGGCAUUUUUUGCAUUCAUAUUGCAAAUAAUAUUCUUUCAACAAAUACCGGAUCUAUUCACCAUGAUUGGUGCCAUAUUAGUAUUAAGUGCCGUUUUUCUAUUAUCAUUUCGUAAAUACAUAAUUGGAUUGCCUGAUAAUCAUCCGAUGCGUAUACGUUUUGCAUUUCUUUCCAAAUGAUUGAAAAAAAAGUGAAGAAAAGAAAAAGAAUCCAGAAUCCAGAAUCUAAUUCAAGAUAACAAAACAAAAACAAAAAAAAAUUUAUUUAUUUAUAAAUUCAUUUUUAUUGAUUCA